AUGGAUAAAUCAAAAGAUUUGGAAAAAAAAUUAAAAAAAAAUAUAAAAAGAAAUUUAACAUUUUCUUUUUAUUUCGAAAAUCAAAUUCAAUUAGAGGAAUAUAAACAAAAGCUAGAUGAAGGAUAUUUUAAAACAUAUAUUGAAUUUUUAAUUCAAAUAAUAGAUUCACCAGAGAAUCUAUUAGAUACAGAUUUGAAUCUUCAAUACAAUUUUUUAAAGCAACCAGAAGAAAACCAUGAAAUUUUCAAAUCUGUAAAUUUGGUGAUUGAUACUAUAAACUCAAUAAAAGAAUUAGAAGGUGUCAAAAAAGAUAAACUAUUAGAAAAAAUUUUAAAUAGUUUAUUAAAAGGUUAUGAAGAUUCAAAAAUAAACUUUGUUUCAAAAGCUAAAUAUAACAUCAAUAACAACAAUAAUAGUAAUAAUUCAAAUCCAAUGGAUAUAUUUAAACCUAAAUUUAAAAUAUUGUUAGAUAAUUUAGAGUAUUAUGAACAAGAUUUAAAAAGCAUUUAUCCAAAGUUAUCUUAUUCAUUAGAACAUUUAGAUUUUAAAAGAACUUAUGAAAGUGGUGUUUCUUGUGUCAGUAAAGAAAUAGAUGGGGUUUGUUAUAAAGUAGAUAGAGGAAAUGAAAAUCGUUUAAGGCCAGUAAAAGAAUAUGGGGUGUACCACUUUUACUGUAUUUUAUUCGAAAAAGAACAAAAAAUAAUUUCACCAACAUCACUACUCUUUUUCCAAAAUGUUCCUAUUUGUGAUUCAGAAUCACCACAAUAUAAAUCAAUUUUAAAAAUUAAGGAAAAUAAUAAAUUCCAAACCAUCGAAGAAACCCUUCUUUAUUUUCCAGCAAAAAAACAAGAAUUAUACAACUCAUUCAUAUCAUUUACAACACCGGUACAGGCAAAUUUAUUUCAAAAUGGCGAAACCCUUCAUAAUAUUCUUGAACCCAAGAACUCUUCAUCUCCAUUGACCAAGAUUUUAGAUGAACUAUCAAACUCUGAAAAUUUCAUGUUUUCAUUUGGAGCCCAUUUUUUAGUAAGUCUUUUAUUAAACUUUAAUGAUGCAAAAAGUGACAAUUUAAUAUAUAACUCCCAAGAAGAAAUAAUUAUAGGAAUAGACAAUGACGAUUGUAUGAAAUACAAAGACUUUGAAAGAACAUCAUCGGGUAAUCUUAUAAUUAAAUUUAAAAAUAUAUUAUUCACAUUACACUCAAUCAUGGCCCGACGUAUCAACAAUAAAGUUAAAAGCGAGUUUUUAAAAAUAAAUCCAUACGGUGCUGUUAUAGAGUGGUUAACAAAAAUGUAUGAUAAAGAAAAUGCAAUUAUAUCUCAAAUUAAAAAACUAAUAAACUCUGAUCAAUCUAUCAUAAACAAAGAAGAGUCAUUAAAAAUAACUAUGGGCAAUUUAGGGAUACCACAUGUUUUUCCACACAACUGGGUAAAUGAAAUGUUAGAUAGAUUAAUUAAAAUUUUCAAUAUUUUAAACUUAAAUAAUAAUAUUACCCACUCGGGUUUAUUUAAAGAAAUAUAUCCAUUGGCCUCAUUUUAUUACAAUAAAACAUCAACUUUACCGACUCCAAAUGAACAAAACUAUGCAAUUUUCCAUGAUUACAAUAAAAUCGAAGAAUAUUUAAAAAAUGAUCCACAACGUCAGUUUUACUUUGAUAUCAUUAAUAGAACAAACUAUAACACACCAGAUAAACACCAAACAAUCAAAGAAUCGAUUGAAUCAAUUGUAUCGUCACUCAAAGUAUCAGAUCUAAUCAAUAAAGAUAAUAGUUGGUCGUUUAUUCACAUUGUAAAUCUUUUAUUUGACCUAUCAAAAAAACAAAUUAUAAAUGAUAAAACAAUUUUUGACUCAACAUGGUAUAGCUUAUUAAAUGAUUGGCUUGUGGUUUUAAUCAACAAUAGUAUAGAAGAACAAGAGGUUGAUCAAGUAAUUUUAAAUACAUUCGAAUUAUUAAAAAUUGAAAAAACACAUUUAAACGAACCAAAACUUUCCAAACCAAUUAUUUAUUCAAUUAUUGAAAAUGUAAAAGAUAAUAAAUUAAUGAACAAUAUAAUAAAGUCAAUAAAGUUAUUAGAAAAAAGAGGUUGUGAUGUAGAUUGUGUUUACAAUGGUAUAGCUCCAUUAGAUUUGGUUCAAGAAAAUCGUAAUAAAAUAAUUUUCCAAACUCUUAUUAAUCUAGGUGCAGGUAAAAACUCUGAUCCAAUUACAAUCAAUAAUUAUUAUCAAUCAUUAUCAUUAGAAGAGAAAUUAGAAAUUAAUGAAUCUAUAAACAAACUAAAAGAAAAUAAUUCAAAAAUUAAUUGGUUGUUAUCCUUUGAUCAUCUCUUUCAAAAAAUAUCGAUCUCUGGUUCGAAUGAUCUCUCAGAAAAUAGAAAGUUGUAUUUUUUUAAUAAAGAAUAUGUUGAAGAAAGAAUUCUUCGUACAGACACAGAAAUAGAUAUGGUCAAAGAUGGGCUCCACAAAAUAUGUAUUAAAAGAAAUACUAAAUUCCCAGGUUAUCACUUUGCAUUCAAUUCAUUGUAUACACUUCUCUUUGAUCAAAAGUUACCAGUUUCAGAAAUGGGCAUUAUAAAUGGUCAGCCAGUUUUACUUUACGAACUCAACGAAUCCAAAAAUUUUAGACUCGAGGAAUCCCAAAUUGGCAAUCUUUUUAUAAACAACUCAAGUUUAUCACAGUUAAUAAUUAUGCUUGUUUUAUUUGAAAAGUUUGAAGAUAACUUGGAUGAUUAUAUUAUAGAUUCGGAAAACAAUAUAUACUCAAUUAUAAACGACAAUUGUUUUUUACCUUUAAAAAACUAUAGAAACGCCCAUAACAAAGUCAGAAAUACAAAUCUAUCAAUUUUUUCAUUGAAACAAAUGGACUCUGAAAUUUCCUUUGAUGUAGUAACCAACUUUUUAAACUUAGAUAUUUCAAAACUAUUAAAUAAUUUUUUAAAAGAUUUAGAAAAGAUUCAAUUAAAAUUUAUCGAAUUAUUUUUUAACAAUAAUAUCAAAUGCAACAUUUCAAACUCAUUUCUAGGUGUUUUGUUAUAUGGUGGUCAAUUUAAAAAGCUCUUUAGAAGAAUCAAAGCUUUACAAAAUCUAUUCAAGAAAAUUAAAACAAUAUCUUUAAAUCAAAUUGUUGAUUACUUUUUAGGAAAUGCUAAAUUCAAAUCAACAUACAACAUAUUUGGUAAUGAACCUUCAAUUAAUGAAAUUAUGAAACAAUAUGGCAUAUCAGAGGAAAUAUUAAAAAAUCCAAAAAUUAUUACAAAAUAUGGUCCUUCAAAAGCUAUCAUCAAAUUUGGUAAAAUUAGUUCAAUAGAUAAUAUUCGUUCUAUAAUCAAUGACCUAAACUCAUCAUCAUCAAUCACAAGACAAUGUAAAGUUAGUAAUCUAGAUCAAAAGCAAAUUAAAAGUUUUAUUAAAUACUUAAAAAGAGAAGAGAUAACAAAGUCAUAUGAAAGCUAUACUAUUGAUCUUUUAAAUAAGAAUGGAAACAAAAUUAACUAUUUGUCUUUGAAGAAUUUUCAAACUUUAGAAUCCCAACACUUGACCUAUGAUCUAUUUGAAAACCUUCAAAUCAUCAAUCUCUCUGGAUGCAGUAGCUUAACAGAUUUUUCACCAAAAUCAAAACUAUUUUCAUUUCAAACAAAGCUUUUGCAAAUAGAAAAACUUUCACUUAACAACUGCAAGAAUUUAGCAACCAUUUCAAUUUCAGCACCAAAAUUAAAAUUCUUUUCAGCAUUUGGUUGCACAAGUUUAAUAGAUUUAAAAAUAGAUGAAUGUAAAAAUUUAAAAAAUAUCAAUCUUUCAAAUGGUACAUUAAAAGAAAUUAAAAGUAGCAGUAACUGCUCAUCAUUAUCAUCAAAUAGGGAUAGCAGAUUAAAAAUAAUUUUUAACUCACUUUCAAAACUAUCAACCUACAAACACAUGGAAACAAUUGAUAUUAGUAAUAAUCAACUAGAUUAUGUAGAUUCAAUUUCAAUAGUUAGUAUGGUAAUUAGCUUUGAAUCAAAUGGUAUUGAAUUUAAAUAUGAUAAAAUAGGAACUAUUUAUAAAAUCACUGUUUUAGAUUAUUUAGAAUUACCAAAAGAAAACCCAUUAAAAAACACCAAGGGCGAAUAUGGUUCACAAAUUGAUUUAAACAUUAAGACACUAACAGGAGUUACAAGAUUAAAUAAAGAUAAAGUACAAAUGCUAAAUUCCAAUACAGCCAAUUAUACUACAUGUACAAGCCAUGCAAGUUCAAUCUCAACAGAUAAUUCACUUAUCAAUAUUAUGCACAAUGGACAAAAUGCCAGUCUCAUUAGUAGUGAACUCAGUAACAAUAGUUGUAGUUUAGGAAUAAUAGUAACAGACGAAAAAUCACAAAUAAACAGAGUUUAUAAAUACCUAAAUAAUUUCAUUCAUAUCUCAUACAGAUUAAACCCAGAAAACUUUCCAUCAAAGAAUAAUAGCAAAGAAAACUCAGUUCAAUUAGCAGGUCUUUUACUUUUUAAUCCAUUGGAUUUUGAUUUAUCAUCAAUUAAAGAGAAAUAUAAUUCAUUAAAUAGUUUAGGGCCCCUUAAAUUCAAUUUAUUUGGUGUAUCAAACCUCGGAAAAAGAAGUAGUAUCAAUGGUCAACUUCCACCUGAUGAUGUAUGUUUUUUAAAUCUUCACCCUUUAGAUGAAUUAUUACUAGAACGUUAUUCGAUUAAAUCAACAAUUUGGUAUGAAAUCAACACUUUGUUUGAUGAAGAAACAGUUAGAAAUCAAUUAUUUAGUAUUUUGUUAAAAUAA